AUGUACUACGUUUAUGACGAUAACCCUAGCACAGGGUUCGUCGCUUUAGAAAACAGUAUUGGUGCUUACGUGAAAACUGGAUUCGGUGGCAAUGGGAAUAGACAAUACACAGGAUCUUACAGCUCAAAGUACCAGAAAAUUAAUAACGAGCACGUGGUAGAUUCGCAUUUCAAAAUUAUGAAGACUCCGCCGAAGUACCCAAUGAUGUCGACGAUCGAUGCUGGGAAGGCCCGAACCCAUGAUGCAAGUAAUAAUGGCGCACCUAAAAAAGAGGAUUAUAAAGUCACAGAGCCGCCUAAGCAAUGGAAACAAAGAGCACAGAACCAGCAGGUAAUCAACCCUGUAAAAUCCGAACAACAAGAUCAGCAGAAUUUACAGACUUCUCAUAAUCCUGUCCUAAGAGGGGAAUUCAGUGCUGGUAAACUCCAGGAAGCAGCUCCACAUACGAUGCCUACAACCAGUCAGCAAAUCCAACCAAUCAGGCCGAAAGCAGUCAACGCUGAUUAUAGCGCCCAAAUGAAACAACGCAAUCAAAGAAAUCAAGAUAACGUGUUUGAAGCUAAACCCAAUUUUGUUCAAAUGAAUGUGAGAAAGGCACAGGUGGCUGAUUCCCAGAAAAUUGUGAAAAUGAACAAUAAUCGUCAGAUGACUUCCUUAGCGGUCCGUUCUCAACAACCUCAACAAGACAAUCGUCAGAGGAUGCCAACAUCCAUGAUGAUGGAUAAAACUUUACACAAAGCGAAUGCAGUUCACGAUCAUAACAAGCAAGUAAUGUCCCGAGUUCUUGACGAUAUGACACAACAAAUUGCCGAUAGGCGACAUAAAAAGGGUGAAUACAGAAAGAGGGAUGCCACGAACAAGCAAGGUUUUGACGUGUUCGAGAAAAGUAAACGAAGUGUUGUAUCGGACAAUAUGAGGAAGUAUAUCGGUAAAGAUAAAAGUAAGGGCAACUCGCAUAGAAAUAAUAUGGAGCUACCAAGGGUCGGAAGCCUCGAAGAAAGCGCUGCUAUGGAACCAAAAGAAACACCGUAUGCUUUGUUUUACCGAAUGAACCCUGAAACACUGGACCAGCAAGAAGGUUUUAUGUUACUGAGGUCCAUGGAGGAUAACAGUAGUAACACCUUUAAUAACAAAAACAAACGUCUUACUUUCGAUGACGACUUUGAAGUUGCAUCCCAACAAAAGCCUAAAAAGGGUGGCAACGCCCCGAAACUCCAUAAGAAGCUUAAAAACUUUGCUAGCUACAGGAAGCAUUGA